AUGGCAUCCCAACAGCCAGGCGAGGCCUAUGAGCAACAAAAUGUCCAUGAAGUGUAUCAGGAAAUCGCUCAACAUUUCUCUGCCACCCGCUACAAGCCAUGGCCCAUAGUUGAGCAGUUUCUUAAAGGCUUGCCACCAGGCUCAGUGGGUCUAGAUGUAGGGUGUGGUAAUGGCAAAAAUCUGAUGGUUAAUCGAGAUGUAUUCAUUGUGGCUUCCGAUAGAUCUGAAAACCUGGCUCGGAUUGCUCUCAAGCACCAGCCGCAUUCGACCGUGGUGGCCGAUAUUCUGGACCUCCCACACCGUGAUGCCCGCUUUGACUUUGCCAUUUCGAUCGCAGUAGUACACCAUUUGUCCACUCCCGCUCGACGAGUCCAGGCUGUUGCGGAGAUGUUGCGAACGGUGAGGCCAGACUCGGAGACGCAAGAGGGCGGGAGGGUCUUGAUCUACGCCUGGGCUCUGGAGCAAAAGAACAGCCGUCGAGGUUGGGACAAGGGCGAUGAGCAAGAUCGCAUGGUACCCUGGGUUCGCAAGGGUGACCAACCCCAGACCUUCCAUCGCUACUACCACCUGUAUGCGGAAGGCGAGCUAGAGCAAGAUAUCGCCAAUGCUGGCGGCCGUGUACUGGAAUCCGGGUACGAGAAAGAUAAUUGGUGGGCGAUCGCGGUCGCGAAUCCCAAGACGCCUCAUCGCGUUUAA